GGAACUGCCUGGCCUGCUGUAGAGUGUAUGAACUGAUGUGAAUUCCCCUCAUCUCAGUCGUCAGUUCCACUGGAGCUCUUGCAGACUACAGUCACAGGAGACUACUGAAGAGGACAAUGGAGUACCUGCAAUCCUAUCACUGUUUACUCUGCUACCUUCUGCUGGCUCUUAGAGAUCCUGCACUCUGUGCUAAAGAGAUCACUGUUAGCCCAGCCAAACCCCUUGUCAAGGUGGGAGAUGCUGUGACCUUGAUCUGUGAGACAACCUGCCCCCAGGGCAGACCACGCUGGAUGGAACUAGACGAGAGCAAUGUCCCUCAGAAUACCACAAAAAACAGAAGUUAUCUACAUUUUGCAGCUGUACAGCCGAAUCACGAGGGAAAGUAUACCUGCACAGCAGCAAAAUGUAGAAAACAGAAGAAGGAAACAAUCCAGCUCAGAGUUUACU